CAGAAGAAAAUCCUGUGCCAAUCUCGUCAUGUAGCGUUCUAACUUUUCCAAAAACUAACAGCUAGAUAAUUUUUCUGUUCACAAACUCACUCUUCUUCCGCUGCAGUAAGAGAAAGGAGAGAUAAUUGAUUCCAAUGGCAGAGAGUUCUUCGUCAUUGGCUGUGCCCACUUCUCCCACUAAGUAUGAUGUGUUUCUCAGCUUCAGGGGGGAAGACACACGUCACAACUUCGUCAGUCACCUUCACGCAGCGCUGCACAGGAACCACAUCGAAGCAUAUAUUGAUGAGAGAGAACAAAAGGGCGAAGAAAUUUCGCCUGCACUCCAAACUGCGAUAGAAGAAUCAAAGAUCUAUGUCCUUGUUUUCUCCGAAAACUAUGCAUCUUCGACUUGGUGCUUGAAUGAACUGACUAGUAUACUAAACUGCAAGAAGAGAUAUAGAAGAGACGUGAUACCGAUUUUCUACAAAGUGGAUCCAUCAACUGUCAGGAAGCAGGAAAAAAGAUACAAAGCAGCUUUCGAAGAGUAUGAACAGCGGUUUAAGGACGACAUGGACAAAGUGCAAGGAUGGAAGGAUGCUCUAACCGAAGCUGCUGGACUCUCCGGUCUUGAACAAAUUGUGAAAGAUAUUUUGAAAAAAAUGAAUCUUGAUUCCAUUAGUUAUGAUCAAGGAAUUAUCGGCAUUGAAAAACAUAUUGAAAAAAUUCGGUUCUUGAUGCAUUUUGAGUCAUCAGAUAUUCGGAUCAUAGGAAUUUGUGGCAUGGGAGGAAUAGGAAAGACUACAAUUUCUGAACAAAUAUAUCACACAUUUGCAAAGCAAUUUGAGUCCAGAAGCCUUGUUUUAGACACUAAAAAAAUAGAAAGAGAUGGAAUAGCCACUGUCAGAGAAAAAUAUAUGUCUGAGCUUCUAAAUGAAGUACCAUCCUUUAGGUUAUACUACAGUGAAAGACUCAAACGAAUGAGGAUUCUCAUCAUUCUUGAUGAUGUUACCGAUUCAGUUCAAGUUAAACAAUUGGUAGGAAGGCUUGAUAGUUUUGGACAAGGCAGUAGAAUCAUUAUAACCAGUAGAGACGGACAAGUGUUAAAGAAUGCUGGAGCUGAUGACAUCUACGAAGUUAAGGAGUUGAAUUAUCUUGAUUCUCUACAACUUUUUAAUUGGCAUGCUUUUAAACAAAAUUCUUCAAAAGCAAAUGCUUACAUGAACUUGUCAAUAGAGAUGUUGAGAUAUGCAAAAGGAAUUCCAUUAGCUCUCCAAGUUGUGGGUUCAUUACUUUAUGAUAGAGAAACAGAAGUAUGGGAAAGUCAGUUGCAAAAGUUGGAGAAGUGCCAAGAUCUUGAUAUUUUCAAUGUAUUAAAAUUAAGUUAUGAUGAGCUUGAUGAGGAGCAGAAAAAUAUAUUUCUUGAUAUGGCUUGCUUUUACAGAGGACAUGAGGAAAUUGUGGUUGCAGAAAGACUAGAAGAUUGUGGUUUCUCUUCUUUAAUUGGAAUUGAUGUUCUCAAAGAUAAAUGUCUAAUAUCUGUCUUGGACGGUAGAAUUAUGAUGCACGAUCUAAUACAAGAUAUGGGUCAAGAAAUUAUUCGUAAAGAGUGUCCACAACAUCCUGGAAAACGCAGUCGAUUGUUGAAAGUUGAUGAAAUUCAUGAGGUUUUAAAACUCGAAGAAGGUGUGCCUUUAAACUUUCCAAGUCUCAAGAAGCUCUGUUUCAUAAAUUUCUUUAACUGUUCUUCCCUUACAACCUUCCCAUGUGACCUUUCUGAGACGAAAUUCCUGAAGCAACUUUGUCUCUGUCUUUGCUUAAAAUUGGAAAAUUUCCCCGAAAUUGAGGACACGGUGGAAGGUCUAGCGGUUCUCAUCUUAGACGGCACAGCCAUACAGGCACUACCUUCAUCCUUGUGGCGUCUGGUAGGGCUUGAACAACUGAGUUUGCGAGAUUGCAAGAAUCUUGAGAUUAUUCCAUCUUCCAUUGGAAGCCUCACCAGACUAUGCAAAGUAGACCUUACCUACUGUAAAUCACUUCAAACUUUUCCAAGUACCAUUUUCAAUUUGAAGUUGAGGAAACUUGAUUUGUGUGGUUGCUUAAAGUUGAAGACCUUCCCAGAGAUCACGGAGCAGGCACAAACUUUUGCUCACAUAAACUUAACAGAAACGGCUAUCAAAGAUCUGCCUUCCUCAUUUGGCAAUUUGAUUAAUCUUCGAUCCCUGCAGCUCAACAAAUGCAGGGAUCUCGAAUCACUCCCAAACUCUAUUGUUAAUCUAAAGCAUCUCUGUAAACUUGAUUGUUCGGGAUGUGCCAAAUUAACAGAAAUCCCAACACACAUUGGUAGCCUGUCGUCAUUAAUGGAACUGUCACUGAGUGAGAGUGGAAUCGUGAACCUUCCGGAAAGCAUUGCUAAUCUUACAAGCUUGAAAUCACUUGAUUUGAGUGGCUGCAAAAAUCUUGAAUGCAUCCCAAAGAUUCCAACGUUUCUAAAACAACUGGUGGCAUUGGAUUGCCCAUCCAUUAGACAAGUGAGGUCAAAUUCUCUUGUUCAAAACCUCUCAAAUUCCAAAGAGAGUUUCUUCAAUUUUCAUUUGACCAAUGCUCAACAACUGGAUUCGGGUGCUCGUGCUAACAUUGAGGAGGAUGCAAGGCUUAGGAUGAGCAUGUCAUGGGCCCAGAGGAGAAUAUUCCUCUUCAGGUAG